UUCAAUGCUUCAAAUCCCAUCCAUGGAUCUUUCUCUUCUUUCCUUUAUAAUCUUUACCUUCUUCCUCUUCUUGCCCAUGGUAGUCAAAAUAGUGCACAACCACAAAACAAAAAAUUCUGUUGCAAAAUGCCCCCCAGGACCAUGGAAAUUACCGCUUAUAGGAAACUUGCACCAGCUUGUUGGCUCAUUACCUCAUCACUCUCUUAGAAACUUGGCCAAUAAGUAUGGACCCCUCAUGCACUUACAGCUUGGUGAACUUUCAAACAUCGUCGUUUCUUCACCGGAAAUCGCCAAACAAGUCAUGAAAACUCAUGACAUUAUCUUUGCCAACAGACCAUAUCUUCUUUCUGCCAAGAUAUUGUCUUAUGAUUCGACAAACAUCGGGUUUUCCCCAUACGGAGAGUAUUGGAGACAGCUUCGGAAAAUUUGCUCCAUGGAGCUAUUAAGCGCGAAACGUGUCCAAUCGUUCAGAUCAGCAAGGGAAGAGGAAGUGCUAAAUUUCACCAAAGCGAUACGCGCGAGUGAAGGUUCAUCGAUCAAUCUAAGCGAGAAAAUUUCUUCCACUACUUAUAGCAUUACAGCAAGAGCGGCAUUCGGUAAAAGAUCCAAUGAUGAGAAGGCUUUCAUAUCCAUAGUUAAGGAGAUCUCAGAGGUGGCUGCAGGGUUUUCUUUAUCAGAUUUAUACCCUUCGCUUAAAGCCUUUCAACUGAUCGGUGGAAUGAGGCACAGACUUGAGAAACUGCACCGAAAGAUUGAUGGGAUUCUUGAGACUAUAAUUGAAGACCACAAGCAGAAAGAGAAGGGAGUGAUAUCUGAUGGUGUAGAUGCUGAAGAAGACUUGGUUGAUGUUCUCCUAAGGCUUCAGAAAUGCGGUGAUCUUGAACAUCCUCUAACUGAUGGCAAUAUCAAAGCUGUUCUCUUGGACAUUUUUAGUGCCGGGAGUGAGACAUCAUCGACGGCUAUAGAGUGGACAAUGUCUGAACUGCUGAAAAACCCGAGGGAGAUGGAAAAGGCACAAGCAGAGGUAAGAAGGGUUUAUCAUGGAAAAGCAAACGUAGACGAAACAAGACUUCAUGAACUCAAAUUCUUAAAAGCAGUGAUCAAAGAAUGCCUGAGGCUACAUCCUCCUGCUCCUUUACUAGUUCCAAGAGAGUCGAGUCAGAGCUGUUUUAUCGACGGAUACGAGAUACCCGCGAAAACAAAAGUCAUCGUCAAUGCAUGGGCAAUCGGGAGAGACCCUAAGUAUUGGGAAGAUGCGGAGAGAUUUUACCCUGAUAGAUUCCUGAAUAGUUCAAUUGAUUAUAAGGGUGCGGAUUUCGAGUUCAUCCCAUUUGGUGCUGGAAGAAGAAUUUGUCCGGGAAUUAUAUUUGGUACGGCUGUUGUUGAGCUGACUCUGGCACAAUUGCUUUUCCAUUUCGAUUGGAAAUUUCUUACUGAUGAGAUCAAACCAGAGGAUUUAGACAUGACUGAGGCCUUUGGAUUAGACGUCAGAAGAAAAAAAAGUCUGAAUUUAGUUCCCAUUCCUUAUCAAAACAAUUUCUGCUAGAUGGACCCCAACAAAUAAUUAAAGUGUUGUAUUGUGUGCUCAACCGGCAAUUUAAGUUUUGACAUAUCUAUAGCUUAAAUAUCAAACAUAUAUAUAUAUAUAUAUAUAUAUACACACACACACACACACAUAUAUGCAUAUAUGGCCAGAGAUUUUAAGCGAUUUUCUAUAUGUAACAUGUAGAGACAAAAGUCAUGCCUGCUGUUUCAUCUAAUCAAACUCAAUGAGGUCAAAGGACGCAAUAUACAUUGUUUUUAUUUUUAUUU